GUUUGAUAAAGCGUUUCAAUUCAAUAAUUAUUAUUAUGUUUUCAUAAUAUUAUACUUGUCUAGUAUGCAGUUUUGAACAGAAGUUUUGGUAAUGAUGGCUUUAAUGGAUGAUCAAUUACGUUAUAACAGACAACCUGCAUACAUACGGUUUAAAAAUGAUACACAUUAUGAUGUAGAAGUUGUAUGGAUUAAUUUUCAUAAGAAGGAAAAACCAUAUUGUAUAUUGCCUCCAGGUCAAUUUUUAGAUGUCAAUACAUAUGCUACACAUCCAUGGAUAUUUAGAGAAUGUAUAUCGAAAAGUAGAAUGGUAGCUAAUGGUCAAGAAGUAUUUAUGGCAAUACCAUGGGUAGAAGAACAUAGACGCCUUGCAUUUGACCACCCAAUUAGUAUUCCCUUAAGAACAAUGGUAAUAAUAAAAAUGCCUGGAGCUAUGGAGUUACGACUGUUAUGUCUAUUGAAGUUAGUGAAUAUUAUAAAAGCUAAAGAAGAUAUAAGAACUCUUGAAUUACCAGUAAUUCUUACAAAGGAAUUAAUACAAAUGAUUGUAAACAAAGAAGAAUAUAAAUCAAGACUGACUAAUUAAUUAAAAAUAGAAAAUAUUACAUUUAAUUUGGCUUAGUUAAUUGCUUCACACCAAAUUCUAAAAAUUGUAAAUAUCUAUGAAUCCACUCUAUUCUUUUUGAUGAGAGAACAAUACUGGGCAGAAAUGUUUGCUUGAGAAUUAAAGUAUAGCUUUAACUGUUUGGGCAUUUAAAAAAAAUCACAGACUAUUGUAAUGUAUAAUCGGACAUUAAAACAAAAACUACUUAUGUAUAAAGUAUUUUUCUUAAGGUUACUAUUAAUAAAUAAUAUUUAAGAAAUCUUUGUAUUUAAUAAUUCAGAUAAAAAUCUAGAAAGAUUAGCCGUUAUUAUUAUUAUUAUUCAUUUUUUGAACUCUUAUUUUAACCUACUAAUUUCUACUUCCUUUUACAAUUUACUCUGAUGUGAGAUCAAGUAAGUCUUUCAUUAAUUUGUAUUCUCCUUCAU